CGGCGUCAUGUAAUCGACGACUUGUUCCGAACGUCGAGGUUGUCCUUCCCGGCCAUGCACCCCAGUCAAGUCUAAGCUCGACUUGGGUACUGCUCUUACUCACCGACAUGCCCUCCGACUCCUCGAGGAACUCAGUGGACUAUGUGAUCCGCUCGGUCAUCGCAGGCGGUGUUGCUGGCGGCGCUGCCAAGACGGCGGUCGCGCCACUAGAGCGCAUCAAGAUCCUCUUCCAGACGCAUCAUAAGGAAUUCGUUGCUUAUUCCGGCAACUGGAAGGGAGUAUGGCUAUCGCUGAGGCAUAUCUUGCGAACGCAAGGAGUGUCUGGGCUGUAUAGAGGGCAUUCACUGACGCUCGCAAGAGCUGUGCCGCAUGCGGCGGUGGGAUAUACCCUGUAUGAAGGCGCGAAGAAGGUCGUAAUGCCUACGCGUGAGUUGGAGACACCAUUCAGGAGGACGCUUGUUGGCGCUGUAGCUGGCGUGUCUGUACUACCCAUCACAUACCCCUUUGAGCUCAUCCGCGUCCGGAUGGCCAUGGAAGCAGACCCUACCGUCAAGCCCGACCUACGCGCCGUCCUCCGUUCCAUCUACUCGUACGAAGCCUCAUUGAAUCCCGUCUCCUCUCGCGGCACCAUCCUGCACUUCUACCGUGGUUUCAUGGUCACGGCUAUCGGCACUGUCCCAUAUCGAGGUGGUAUAUUCUUGGUAUGGGAGACCAUGAAUGCUUGGGCAAGGGACAAGUCAUCACCUGAGUUUCGUGCUCAGAACCAGCACAAGAUACACCUGGCUAUCGGCGCUAUUGCUGGGACGACCGCGCAGGUCGUGACCUAUCCUUUGGAAGUGAUCCGGCGAAUGCAGCAGGCGAGUGGAUAUUGGCUGGCUGCUGCAGGUGUACAACCCAUGAAGGACCAGUACGCCUUCAAGAGCACCGUGCAGAAGAUCUGGCGGACGAGUGGAUGGCGGGGAUAUUACGCAGGGCUGGGUAUUGGACUGGUGAAGCAGGUUCCGAUGAACAGUAUAUCUCUGUCGGUAUGGCAGGCAAUGAAGAGUGUUUUGGAUAUAUAAUUGCGUUAGCACGGUAUUCCAUAGCGGCCAUAAAGUCAGAGCUCACGUCGAACUUGAAGUUCGCCUGGUC